AUGAUUGCGCCGACACUAACGAGCUUGCGCUGGCUUCGUGUUGUGCUGAGCUUGUCGGAGACCCCCCCCGCGGAAGAGGUUGUCCGAGCCCGUCUCGUGCCUAAGCUCGUCGAGUUUCUCCGGCAGACAGACUGUGCGGGGCUUCGCCCGGAGGCCCUGUGCGCCCUGACUAACAUCGCAUCGACGGAGUGCACCAGGGCCGUGGCGAUGGAGCCGGCGACCCUACCCGCCCUGGUAGACUUGCUCUCGAGCUCCGACCUGUAUCUCCGAGAACAGAGUGCGUGGUGCCUUGGGAACAUUGCAGCGGACGGCGUUGAGAUGCGAGAUCUCGUGCUGGGCGCGGGGGUGUUGGAGCCGUUGCUGCUCAGCCUCUCUCCGUCCCAGCACGGCUGUACGUCGUUCAUGAGGACGGGCACAUGGGCGUUGAAUAACCUCUGCCGCGGCCUGCCGCCACCGCCUCUCUCGACCGUCGCCCCCAUCGUGGGCACGCUUCGUCCCAUCAUCGAGGCGGCUAACACGGGCGACGCGGGCACACUGAUUGAUGCGGGGUGGGUACUGUACCACAUCACCAGGGGCGGGAGCGAUCGCAUCGAUGCCGUGCAGUCCGCCGGGUUGCUGUCAAUGAUGCCCGACAUGCUCCUGCACGAGAACCAUCACGCGUUAAUCGAGGCCGGGGUGCUAGAUCCGCUGGUGGAGACGUUGGGACACGACAGCUCCAAGCUGAUGGCGUCUGCCAGCUAUGGAAACAAGUAG